GUUCCUCUCAUCUCAUUCGGCAGACAAUCGCCUGACGGAACGGAUGUGUGUGCAGCGCUGCGAACGGUGCAGCCAGUGGAUCUUCAUCGGAUCAGUUUGAGAUCAAUUGGGAUCAGUUUGUGCGGUGCGUUGGAUAGACAGCUAAAUGUCUAUUAUUCGCGUGUGUGCAGUCGAUCGUCAAAAAUCACUUCACACUUGGCCGGAAGAAGGUGGCAAUUGAGGCAACUCAACGCCUCCGACAACAGCCAAGCGAGAGCCAGAGAGUUCUGCAAAAGAACGCAACGGCAACAGCAAAAUAAGGAAACAAAUAAAAGAAGUUCAAGUCAAUCAAUCGAUCGACUCGAUUCGAUCGGGCCGACAACAAUUUUCGCCAGUCAACGCCAACGGGCCAUAAAGCAGAAGCGAAAGAUUCGAAAAUCUGAAGAAAACAAAAAAAGCAAGAACAAAUUUUGGUGUAAGAAUUGCCUCAAAGUGGAAACGUCAAAUGAGAAUGAAAUAUAUAUAUUUUUUUUGUGUGAUCGAUAAAGCAGUUUCCAGUGUACAUCCCAGGGGUGUGUGUCCGAGCGUGUUCGCGGCUCAAUAAUCAAAUUUGACAACUGCGCGAAAAACGUUUGAGAUCCAAACAAGAAGAAACCAAAACAAACUAACAGCAGCAGCAACAAAUAGCCAAAUAAAUGGGCCAACAAUCAGUCCUGUGAGGCUUCCUUUUUUUUUAUUGUGAUACCCAAAAGUUGCCAGCAAUUGCCAGAUCCGCCGCAUAAGGAUUGCCUGUGAUUUUGUGAGUUGGCAUCGGUCGGUCGCAAAUGACGCACCUGAGGGGUCCCACGGAGUGCGCCAGCGCCAUGAUGAGCACCUCGAUGCCCUUUCUGGACAACGGCCUGGGCGCCAACCUAACGGACUACAGCUGCUACGCGAACGAUUACUGGACCACGCCCUACGCGAACGGCGGCCUCAGCCCCAUGAAACAGAUCGAAGCCUGCAUACAGACGGCGGGCAAGGAUCGCAGCUCUUACAAGCCACUGGAACAGAUUGAUGCCACAUUGGCCGACAUCGAGACGCACACAACGGCCGGCAGUGGCACAGCGGCGGCAACCAGCAGCAGCAGCAGCAACAGCAGCAACAGCAACAGCAGCAACAGCAACAGCAGCAGCAGCUCUCUGAGCCACCCAAAUGCCGGCUGCCAGGAGCUGGCGGACUAUGAGGCCAGCAGCCAGCCGGCCACGGGGGACAACACUGCGGCGGGUGCACCUGCCAAGAAAUACAACAAAAACCAACACAAAAAAGACAGCAAUCACUUGGAGAAUAAUGCCACAAAAGCCAGCAGCAAUCAAGGCAGCGGCAACAAUGCCAGAGGGGAAUCGGAGGCCGUGCACCCGUCGCUGGCCCAGGCCAUCGUUGUGCUGGAGACGAAGGCGCUGUGGGAUCAGUUCCAUGCGCAGGGCACCGAGAUGAUCAUCACGAAGACGGGCCGUCGCAUGUUUCCCACGUUCCAGGUGCGCAUCGGCGGCCUCGAUCCCCACGCCACCUACAUCUGCAUGAUGGACUUUGUGCCGAUGGACGACAAGCGCUAUCGCUACGCCUUUCACAACUCCUGUUGGGUGGUGGCCGGCAAGGCGGAUCCCAUCUCGCCGCCCCGCAUCCAUGUGCACCCCGACUCGCCAGCGGCCGGCUCCAACUGGAUGAAGCAGAUCGUGUCCUUCGACAAGCUGAAGCUAACCAAUAACCAGCUGGACGAGAACGGACAUAUCAUCCUGAACUCGAUGCAUCGCUAUCAGCCGCGCUUCCACCUGGUCUACUUGCCACCGAAGAACGCCUCGCUGGACGAGAACGAGCACUCGAGCCACUUUCGCACGUUCGUCUUCCCGGAGACGAGCUUCACGGCCGUCACUGCCUACCAGAACCAGCGGGUGACACAGCUGAAGAUUUCCAGCAAUCCCUUCGCCAAAGGUUUUCGGGACGAUGGCACCAACGAUGUCACCAACGGCAGCACGAUGAGCCAUGAAAGCCAGGCUCGCAUGAAGCAGCAGCAGCAACAGCAGCAGCAGCAACAGCAACAACAACAGCAGCACCAACAACUGCAACAACAGCAACAGCAAUUGAGUGGCAAGGAAAGAACAAGCAGCAACAACUUCAGCCUGAGCUGCACAGAGCUUAAUGUGGAUCCCCAACAGCAGCAGCAGCAGCAGCAGCACCAUCAGCAGCAGCAGCAGCAGCAACAGAGUGGCAUGCAACUGCCAGCCACGCCCUCGAGCAGCUCCGCUUCCGGCAACUCGCCGGAUCUGUUGUCCUUUCAAAUGGAGCAACUACAGCAGCAACAGCACCAGCAACAGCAACAUCACCUGCAACAGCAGCAGCAGCAGCAGCAACAUGCCGCGUUGCAUCAUCAGAGCCACAAUCAAUAUGGCAGCUAUCACCAUGCCUACCAGACCCAUCCACUGACGCCGCACUCCACCAGCUCAGCCUCACCGCCAGCUGUAAUCCCCGCCAGCAGCACAGCUUCGGUCCCAGGAGGAGCAGCAGCAGGGGGAGACACUGCGGCGGGCGCAACAGGAACAGGCACGGGCACAGAAGUUGCAGUUGGAGCUGUGACUGGCAGCACUCCCCAGGUAAUGGCUGCCAGCAUUUACAGCAGCAUCGGCCAGCCGUAUGCCCAGGAGCAGAGCAACUUUGGGGCCAUUUACCAUCACAAUGCGGCCGCUGCCGCUGCCGCCCAUUAUCAUCAUGGCCACGCCCACAAUCACGCCCACGGCCAUGGUCACGGACCCUACGCCAGUGCGUACGACAAGCUGAAGGUGUCGCGGCAUGCGGCAGCCGCCGCCUACGGAAUGACCGCCGGCUAUCAGACCUUCUACGGAUCGGCGGCCCACCAUCAGAUGAUGCGACCCAACAGCUACAUAGACCUGGUGCCCCGCUAGAUGCCCCCCGAUCACCGCCGGGCACCGAUCGCAGAUCGAACAAGUAUUAGCAGCAGUUGAGGAAUUAAACCAAGUACAUGCAAAAAAGUAUUAUAAGUAUUUCCCUACUUCUCUCCCUAUUUUUUUUUUUGCCUAGUUCUUAAUGUAAACCAAAA